AUGGAAAUGCUCAAUCAUUCAAUUGAUAGAAUUGAUGAUAGAUAUGAUGGAUGCAAAGGUUCAACUAAAAACUUACUUUCUUUUUAUAUGAUUUGUAAUAAUAUACAUUACGUGAUCUUGAAAUCAGCAAUUGGAGAGUAUUUUUCUGCUCUUGCAUCACAUAUUCCAGUAUUCUGUGAUGAUUGA